AGCCGCGCUCCAACGACAAGGGCCCCCGAGAUCGUCUAGCACCGGCUCUUCCUCCCACCACCACCCAACUUCCAAUCUAUCGCUUUCACUCCUCCACCUUCGCCAUCGUCUGGAGAUACAGGGUGAGGCAUUGAAGCUGGCGCGCCGAAGGGCGUAUCUGCUGAUAUGGAGUACGUGAAGCGUCCGAUUCGAGUAGCGACAGCACCGUCCGCUCAAAGAGCCUACCUCACGACCUUCUUUCUCGUUGCGACGUCUCUGACGCUGCUCGGCAUUGCCACCCUCGCAUACCCCGUCUUCUAUUACAGCUACGUCCCAAAGAAGGUGGUCUCCGUACCUGUUCACCUGCAGUACAAUGCCGGCGUCAAUCCCUACGGACUGACUUCUGUCUCCAAAGACCUCAUGCUCGAGACAUCGUACGAUGUCGCCGUCGAACUCAUACUGCCGCGUUCGCCUCCAAACCUGGAUCGCGGAAACUUCAUGGUAGCCCUUUUCGCCAUGAAGUCGGCACCUAAUAACCCAGCGCAUUUGUGGGCCGUACCCGACGACCCGUACAAACAUGUCAAUGCCGACAGCGUCAUAUUCUCGUCGCGGCGCCCUGCUCUGAUUCCAUAUGCAGACCCGCUGGUGUCAGCCUCGUCACGCUUACUGUUCCUACCGUACCACAUCUUCGUGCCAGAGUCCGAGCAGGCCACGCUGACCAUCCCCAUGGGCGAAUUGGUGGAGUUCAGGGAUCAGCUGCCACUGAGCAUGCUGCUGGACGUGCAAGCAGGACAGUCGCUGCAGGUCUACUCGGCGAGGAUCGAGCUGGUGGCUCGACUGCGCGGUAUAAGGUGGGCUAUGUACAAUCACCGGAUAAUAUCCUUCUUUGUGUGUACGGCCUGUUUCUGGAUUGCCGAGAUGACAUCCAUGGGCUUUGCCUGGCUUCUACUGUCGUAUUGUCUCUCAGGGCGAGGGAAGACCAAGGCAGCCGUGCAACAGAACACUAAUGCUGGAGCUGGCGACGGGAGCGAUCAUACCGCUGCUGCCGUGAGGCGAGAGGCCGAGGUGACAGGUGGAGGCAAGCCAGAAGUUAAACGUGAGGCGGGCGAAGACGUCACGGGCAAAGCGAGGAUCAAGGAAGAGAGUGUAGAGAGGAAUACCAGAGCGUUGGACUCGCCACGCCGGACUAGUGAUGCGGACAAUGAGGAGAGCGCGGGUGUGCGCGACCUCUCCGCAUACAACCAUGAUGAAAAUAGGGGUCUACUACGCAGGCGACUUUCUCAAAAGUCCAUCUCGUAACGUACGGGAAGCUACCUUCGGAUUGAGAGACACGUUAUAUUGUUUUAACCAUCUCGGUGAAGUCAGGUUCAAGAUACCCAGUUUUUUACUUCGAAUAAUGUUUAAUUGCACCGGUUGAUACAUGACAGCAUUGUUCUUGUGCUUAUCCGUUCGCAGCAAGUCUGGUCCCCUGCACAAUGGACAAUAUUUGUUUUUGUCCUCGAAUCCCCGUCCCUAGCGCCGUCAAACUUGAGCAUACUUUAUAUCAAUGUUUCAG